AUGGCGUUGUCGUCUUCCCACAUCGUCUUGCUGUGCGCCAUCGGUGUUGUCUUGCUGGCAAGACCUGCCCAUGCCUUUGGUGCCGGCAACAUUGGCUCGACGUCGAAGAUCGAAGGACAGAAUUGGCGUCAUGGUGAUCUCGAAGACACUCUGCUGACCAUAGUUGCUGCACGUGCGAUGGGAGGCAAGAAAUUCGGGAAACUUGAUGUCAAGAGAGUCUACUUCGGCAACUGGCUCCGAGACUAUAGCCAGGCGGUUGAUGUUGGUACUGUCAAAUAUGUCAGUGCCGAAGCAAUUCGUAUCCUGCUCUGGGUCUUGGGCUUUAUGUCGUUUGGCUACGGUUCUGGCGAAUUCGAAGUGACUACACAGAGGCUCGGAUGUUACAGACCAGAAGAACACAUUGACAAUCCAAAGGACUACGCAGACAACGAAGAUGCGAGGCAAUAUGACCGCCGCCUACGAGGUCCGGUCGACGAGCGUCGUGAACUGGCCAUCAAUCCCGAGACAGGGCUCAAGAAUUACAUUGCUUCUGAAGGAAUGGGCAUUGACACUUCUGCCGGUUUGGUCAGACAUCUGUUUGGUCGAUCUAUCGAGCUCGGGCGCCAGUACGCUCGAACCAAGAACAAGAAGGAUCUCUACGAAGCACUCCGCCUGUUGGGAACCGGUAGUCAUUGUCUCGAAGACUAUGCCGCUCAUUCAAAUUACGUCGAACUUGCCUUGAUUGAACUUGGUGAACGUGACGUCUUCCCACACGUGGGACGUCGUACGCAAAUAGAACUCCGCGAAGCAAGACAUCCGGUGUACCCUGUCGUUACCGGGACCUUUGGGGGGGUUGACUUUCUGCACUCAGUCUGUGGUGAGUUCGAUGACAAGACAACCCAGAGCGAAAUUGAAGAGCUCGAGGGAACCAUGCAACAAUAUCAAGGUAUGAACAACGACGACAGCGUCCUCCAAGACCUCCUCAACAAGGUUCCUUCGGGCAUUUUUGGAGGCAAAGACGAAGCCGGGAAGGCGAACGAGCUUAAGCAGAACGCUGUCAACCAUCAGAUGCAAAACGCUCGCAUUUCUCCACGAGAACCGGAAGAGUGGACACAAUAUCUUGCCGAUGUUCAAAAGCAGAUAUAUCCAAUCAUCGAGUGGCAUGACGAGAUCAUGCAGUCCAUCACUGAAACGAUUGAGAAGAUCCCAAUCUUGCCGGACCUGAUCGAGAACAUCCAGGACGAGAUUAACAAAUUUGUCUUCAGUCUACUUGCCCCCUAUGUUGUUCCAAUCAUCAAUCAAGUCAAGAAUGAGCUUAACACUGGCUCAAACGAGAUCAUACAGUCUAGCUUGGACAAGCAGCAUAUCGUCUUCAAUGACGAUUGCUCCAGUGAUCCUACCCACUCAAUGUUGUCCAAGGAUCAUUUCUCCAACAUCCUCAACGAGCCUGCCGGAAAGGUUGCCAGGCAGACGAUUCAGUGGGUUGUUCCCCAGAUCGUUGCAGCGUGGGACGAUGACCGCAUUGACGUCGAUCGAACUCUUACGCGCAUCAUCAAUGGUGUGCUCCAUCACCCGGCGCUUCGAGACUACGGUCAAGACGGAGCUGGAGAUGGUCGUCGUUUGAUGUUUAGAGUCGUCGAAGAAUGGUGGCAGGGCAAGGAUGAGCGCGAGAAGGAUGACUUCCGAGAGAAACUCAGCCGAGAAGGUGUAGAGUCAGGCAAAAAUCACAAAGAAGGCGUUCAUGACCAUGGCCAUGGUAGUAAUCGUCCUCUGGGCAUGGCCAACCUGAACUACAACAACGGGGGAUCGUCCGGCCUAGCAGGUGGCGCGCUUGGUGCAUUGGGUUCGGCAAUGGGUAACGCCUCAGACAGUCGUCCUUCGAACGAGGCUGCCGACACGUUUGGAAAGAUGGCUGGGGAAGCUGUCGGUGGGGGAGUCCUUGGCUCGCUCGUCGGCGGACUUGCCAGCAAUAUCGGAGGCGGUAUUCUCGGUGGCGGCUUGAACAAGGGCGAGGAGACGUAUCAAAGCGAGUCGUAUGGGCAGGACGGUUCUUACACGCAGACCACAACUCAAGUUGGCCAUUCGCAGUCUGGGGAUCGGUACGGACAAGCACAAUACUCGCGUACUACAGCACCUCACGGCCAGCGUGAGGAGUACAGCCGUUUUGAGCAGCGUCAAAGCGGAAACCACUGGCAGUCCGAGGUCCGCCACGAAGAGCACACAAGCGAUGGGGGUUAUCGCGAGGAGACCCGGCGAUACGAUAACGACGGCGAUCGUCCGUCCCAUGGUCGCCAUCACGGGCAAGAACAAAGCUACGGGCGACGUCACGACGAUGAUGGUGAAGAGCGUUUCUCAAGCGGGUAUGGCAGUAGUGGUAGAGACACGUACGGCCAGCAAGAGCGACGUCAAGAAUACGGGCGACGUGACGACGAUGACACUGGAUAUGGCAGUCGACGAGACAAUGAGAGCAGCGAGUACAGCAGCCGGCGCAACGACGAUGAGUAUGGCUCGACUACCAGUUAUGGCCGCCAAGAACGUCAGUCCGAGUACUCCUCCAGCGGGUAUGGUCGACAGGAAGAGACUAGCUACGGCUCUGGUGGCUACGGCUCUCGACGCGAAGAAUCUGAUGAUAUGCCAGGUGGCUUUGGCGGACGGCGUGAGGAACAGUCGUACGGCUCAAGUGGCUAUGGUCGUCAAACCGAAUAUGGCAAGUCGGGAGGCUAUGGCGGUGGCAGGCGCGAAGAUAACUAUGGUUCAAGCGAUGUGCCCGGCGGCUUCGGUCAGCAGUCAGAAUCAGGCUAUGGUGGUGGCCGAGAGUUUGAGUCUGAAGGUCGUGGCUACGGUGGUAACAGUGGUGAAUACGGAGGUGAGGGCUACCGCCGUCAACGACGAUAUGGAGAGAACGAAGAUGAGGGUGAAGGUGAAGGUGGAUAUGGAGGCUACGGCUCCUCGAGAUACUGA